GAGGCUGGGAAGGCUGCACCGCUCCUGAACAUUUUUAGGACCGAAUUCUUUCGCAGUCUUCUCAUACUGAUCAUAGCUGAGGCUUAUACCGAGAAGAUAUCAUGAACCGGUGAACAUGACAAGACAUAACCACCUACUGUGUCUGCAUUGAGUGUAUGUCGCUGACGUGCUUGCUAAGGCGGGUGCGCGAGGGAGAGAGACAGAGCGAUCCACUUUGAGUUCCUUGCCAUGAUCAUCAGCUCUCUUUUCUCAUUCUCUAUAAAUCUGAUAGAAAAUUUGUGCAACUUUCAAAUUAGGCGAUAUAUCGUUAUAUACAUGAGCUCACACGUUGAGACUGUGAGGAAGAAAUAUAUAUAUAACUAGUUGGGGAAAUGGCUCUCGUGCAGAUUGUCGAGACUCCAAGGUGGAAGAAGAUCCUGACCUUUGUAGGCCCCGGUUUUCUGGUCUCCGUUGCGUAUCUCGAUCCCGGAAACUUGGAGACAGAUCUUCAGGCCGGGGCGGACCAAAAAUACGAGUUGCUAUGGAUCGUGUUUAUUGGGCUUGUGUACGCGCUCAUCAUUCAAUCACGUUCCGCAAAUCUUGGAGUAGCCACAGGGAAGCAUCUGUCAGAGCAUUGUAAGAUGGAGUAUCCUCCGGCAGUGAAUUACUGCCUAUGGGCACUAGCCGAAGUGGCUGUAAUCGCUGCUGAUAUCCCCGAAGUGAUAGGGACAGCAGUGGCCCUCAACAUGCUUCUCAAGGUGCCCAUCUGGGCCGGGGUGUUGCUUGCGGGACUGAACACUCUCCUCCUCCUUGGACUGCAGCGAUACGGCAUAAGGAAACUGGAGAUUGUGAUUGUUGUUCUACUGCUGGUGGUUGGUGGCUGCUUCUUUGCAGUAAUGGUUCACGCAAGGCCCAGUGCCGAGGAGAUUGUGACGGGGAUGUUCGUGCCUAAGUUGGACAGUGGUCGAGCCACUAGGGAUGCUGUUGCUCUAUUGGGAGCCCUCAUAAUGCCGCACAAUCUUUAUCUUCAUUCAGCGCUUGUAAUUUCGAGAAAGAUUCAACACUCCUCAGAAGGCAUUCGGAGUGCAAGCAGGUACUUCAUGUUGGAGAGCGGCGUAGCUCUGUUCUUCACGUUUCUCAUCAAUGUGGCCGUCGUAUCCGUAAGCGCAAGUGUGUGCUCUCGCCCCCAAGUCUCCCCACAGGUCGACAAGUCUCAGUGCAAGGACAUCACUCUUCAAUCCGCAGCGGUCUUGCUCAAGAAUGCACUCGGAAAUUGGAGUUCGAAGCUAUUUGCUAUUUCCCUGCUUGCCUCAGGCCAGAGCUCAACGGUCACAGGAACCUAUGCGGGACAGUUCAUUAUGCAGGGCUUCUUGGAUUUGAAAAUGAAGCUCUGGUUAAGGAAUCUUGUGACGAGGUGUAUAGCGAUUGCUCCGAGUUUGGUGGUUUGCAUCAUCGGUGGAUCAGCAGGAGCUUCACGGCUCAUUAUCAUUGCUUCAAUGAUCUUGUCCUUCGAUCUGCCUUUCGCGUUGGUCCCUCUCCUCCGAUUCACAAGCAGAGAAGCCAAAAUGCAUCAGCACAAGAGCUCUAUCACAGUGACAAUCCUCUCUUGGAUUUUGGGGUUUGGCACUAUAGGGAUUAACAUGUACUUCAUUACCACAAGCUUAGCCGGAUGGAUCACAAGCGGUCGACUGCCCAAGGUGUUGUCAGCUCUGGUUGCGACCAUUAUGUUUCCGGCGAUGGUUGCCUAUGUGGUCAUGCUAAUGUAUCUUAUAUGUAAACCGGAGAUGCCUCCUCCAGGCUCCGAGAGCUUGCAAGCAGAUGUUGCCUCAGGUGGUAGGCGCACGCCUACAAGGGAUUCGAACAGCGCAGGAUCUGAUCGGAUUGAAACAGUAGAAGAAAUCAGCACAUGCUUGUAACUUAUUUCUGCAGUCAACAGACUGUGGGCGUGGGCGUGGGCGUGGCCGUAUGUAUCUGUAUACAAAACUAGUUUGCAGAACGGUAUUGCAUAACAGUUUACUAUUUCUGGUGCUCCAUUUUUCUUAUCUCGAGCACAGGAAGUAAGAAAAUUGUAUUUCGCAGUGGCCCCGUCGAACAAUCUGAAUUUUACUCCUGCUAUCUUCCAAAA